AUGCAUUUCAAAUCUGAUCCAUUAGGGUUCCUUGUUAACAUCGUCUCAACUGAAACUGAACGGAAUUUCUUUGUUAAUUUUUGCAGAAAUGGCCGCGUUCUUAGCUCGGAAAUCACUUCUUGCCCUUCGCACCCGCCAUAUGGCUAUGGCAGGUCAAGGACUGCACACCCCCAAAAUUAUGGCAUGCGAUUGAGUUCACACCUCUACUCUACCAAAUUAGAAACACGGUGGCGCGGGGAGAAACGAUGUGGUGCGGCGGAGCUGCGUUUGGACUUUGGAGAACAGCAUAAACACGGUGGCGCGACGGGGAGAAUGGAUGUGGUGCGGCAGAGCGGCGGUUGGACUUCUUCUUCUGCGGUUACACUGUGUUUUGAACGAAAUUGA